CAUCACAUUAUUUUUUUUUCUCUUUCUCUUUCUCUUUCUUUCUCCCAACAACAAAAAUAAACUCAUAUAUUCUUCCGGUGAGAUCCACAACCUCAACACACACAUUGUCGUUUGCCAUUAAAUGUUGUCCUUUUAAUUGCUCCUAUGUAUGCAUGAACCUGCCAACAUUUAUACAAACACCACUCUCAUUAUUAACUUUCUCUUCUCUUUUCUCAUAACUCUAUUUCCUUCCUUUUCCAUCUUCAACACUACCAGAUGUCAGGGGUGGAAGAAGGGGGUGGUGUUGAAGCUGAGAAUUGGGAAAAGGAGUGAAGAAGGUCCAAAAUUGGAAGCUUGAAGAAGAAAGCCAUAAACGCGUCUUCAAGAUUCACGCACUCGCUUAAGAAACGAGGGAAGAGGAAGAUAGACUUCAGGGUUCCCAUUGAGGACGUGAGAGACGCUAAAGAGGAAUCUGCGGUGCAGGAAUUGCGUCAGAGACUGCUGCAGAAGGGAUUCAUGCCUCCCACCCAUGAUGAUUAUCAUGCAUUGUUAAGGUUUCUUAAAGCAAGAGACUUUAACAUUGAGAAGACAAUGCAGAUGUGGGAAGAAAUGCUAAUUUGGAGAAAAGAAUUCGGAACUGACGCCAUCCUCCAGGAUUUUGAAUUUGAAGAGUUGGAAGAAGUGUUGCAGCAUUACCCUUAGGGGUAUCAUGGAGUUGAUAAGGAAGGUAGACCAGUUUACAUUGAAAGGCUUGGGAAAGCUCAUCCAAGUAGGUUGAUGCGUAUCACCACAAUAGAUAGAUAUUUGAAAUAUCAUGUCCAAGAGUUCGAGAAGGCUCUGCAAGAAAAAUUUCCAGCAUGUUCCAUUGCAGCCAAAAGAAGGAUUUCAUCAACCACAACAAUAUUGGAUGUACAGGGCUUGGGAAUAAAAAAUUUCUCUCCUACUGCUGCAAGUCUAUUAGCUGCCAUAACAAAAAUAGAUAACAGUUACUAUCCUGAGACAUUACACCGAAUGUAUAUCAUCAACGCUGGUCUGGGCUUUAAGAGGAUGCUUUGGCCUGCUGCACAGAAGUUUCUUGAUGCGAAAACCAUUGCAAAGAUACAGGUUCUUGAACCUAAGUCUACAUGUAAAUUACUGGAUAUCAUUGACUCUAGCCAGUUGCCAGAAUUUUUAGGUGGGUCGUGUACAUGUCCUGGAGAAGGUGGAUGUCUUAGAUCUAGUAAAGGGCCAUGGAAUGAUCCUGAUAUCAUGAAGGUGGUUCAUAAUGUGGAGGGAACGUUUGUGAGAGAAAACACCCAAAUGUCCAAUGAACAUCAGAAUUCAGACUCUUUCUGGAUACGCUCCCAGAAGGGACAGUGCAGCGAUACAUCAACAGCAGAUUCCGGGUCAGAUCUUGAUGAUUCUUUUUCCUCCAUCAGUCAAAGCAGAUUCACUUUUCCUCGUUUAGCCCCAGUUCAUGAAGAAGUUAGAGUAGCAGAUAACUUCCACAGUUGUUGUGAUGAUAGAGCUUCUGCUUCCGAGAAAGUGCUCGAAAGUGAUGAAUUUCACAUUACUCGGGACCCAUCACUGCAGAAUGAUGAUACAGCGAAUAUUGCUUGUAUAGAAAAUGCAGAAAAUGCAGGUACUUCAGUCAGAAGUUGGUUGAGCUUUGUUAAGGAAAAAGUGGAGCAAACAAAUAUCUUAAAUAUGUCGAGGGUGCUUAUGUAUUUUUUGGAAAGAUUGGUGAUGUUCUUCCGCAGUUUAAGAUUAGAAUUUUGGAGAACACAGAACAAUAUUUACCCAUCUGUUGCCACGGAGCAUGAAAACAAAAACCUUACAGCAGCUGGUGAAACACUUUCUGAACAGAAUCUUAUUCUUCAAUGUACUCAACGUCUUGAGAUAUUGGAAAAAACAUUUGGGGAACUUAGCCACAAGCCUGCUGGCAUACCUUUGGAGAAGGAGCAAAUGCUUAUGAGUUCCUUGGAUAGAAUUAAAUGUGUUGAGUUUGACCUUGAAAAGACUAAGAGGGUGCUUCAUGCUACAGUGAUGAAGCAGUUUGAGAUUGCAGAGCUGGUGGAGAAUUUGAGAGCAUCAAACAGUCAAGUAAAUUGCUUUUCGGUCCAUAUAAGAAAAACACAAUGAUGCUGUUAACUGAAUAUUACGAAGCUUCUGGAAAAAAUUGUUCAUCUCAAAUCAUCAAGCAAUUUUGAGGCAUCAGCAUCAAUAAACUUUGUAAUUAGAUUUAAGAUUAAUGGGUAGUGGUUUCAAGACUUUUCUGUUCUAGUCUUUAUCAAGACAUCUACAUCAUUAAUAGAGAGUAAGCAUGAACAUAAUUUUGUUGGUGAUUUGGUAUUUCCUGCCAAAAUUUUCCUUUCAAAUCUGUUCUAUUUAUAUAUAAAAGAAUCAUUAAAAUUUA